GUCGACGGAAGAGUACAUGCGUUCGAUAAUUAUAACUUUAAAACGGAAAAAAUAUGCCGAAGAGGAAGUCAAAGGAAUAUAUCAAACUUAAAGAAAAGUUCAGGAAAUUGGAAUCCAAACUAGAACGACUAGGAUCGUCAAGCUCAGAAUCUGAGAGCUCCUGUAGUGACUCAGAGAGGUCAGUGGAGGAAUGGCACCCAAGGUCACCCCUGGGAGAAAUACAAAAUACAACACCCAUGGAUGAAAACAUAGCCCCCAUGGAUGACAUGGAUGAUGUGUUAGGGACGGACCCUACCAAACAACUAGUAGAAGGGAAGGCUUUGCCUCCGCCGCUGGUUUCAAGGUGGACAAGUUUUUUAAAGGCAGGGUUUGACAAGGACCAAGAAACAAAACUUUUGGAACGUUGGAAUUUUUCCACAAAUUGCCCUCAUUUGAAAGCCCCCAUUCUGAAUCCAGAGAUUCAGGCAGUGCUCUCUGAACGAUCACUCAAACAAGAUAUUUUCACCAGUAAAUUACAGGACCAAUUAGGUUUGGGUUUGAGUAUUUUGGGUGAGGCUUUCAACCAAAUAAUGGCCAUGGAGUUUUUGGAAAAGAGGGAAUUAUUGUCAACACUAUCAGAUGCAUCUAAGAUGUUUACCAGAGUUCAUUAUAGAUUAUCAGGUCAUCGCAGAAUGGGCAUAAUUCCUGCAGUUGACUUCAAAUUACACAAAUUAUUGAACUCUAGUGAAAUUGAUGUUCAUUUAUUUGGAAAUGAUUUAAGUAAUGGCAUCAAGCAGCUACAGGAGGCUGAAAAGAUGAAAAUUGGAUUGAAAGUUGCACCUAGCACCAGUACUAAGAAUUAUUUAAACUACAAGCGCAGCAACUACAAGCAGAAAAUGAAAGGAAAAAAGAAGGAAGGGGGAAGAGAUGGGAGCAGGAGAAGAUCACACCAAGACUAUCAACAGUAUCAGCCUCGUCAGCAGUAUCAGCCUCGUCAGCAGUAUCAGACUCGUCAGCAGUAUCAGCCUCGGCAGUAGAGAACCAGCCACCCAAUUUGGAAGAACCUUACCCUGGUGGCAGGGAGGUUAUCAGGGCAUCAUUGUUAAGGUCUGGAGCUCCAGAAUGUACUAUAGAUACCAUGCUAGCAUCAUUUUCGCUAGCAACUCUGAGACAAUACAGUUCAACAUAUGGCAAGUGGUGGACAUUUUGCAUGGCAGAAUCUAUUUGUCCAUAUGAAGCUUCAGCACAAGAUGUUUUAAGAUUUAUGGAAAUUCAGUAUUCUCAUGGGGCAGCCUAUUCUUCAAUAUGUGGCAUUCGCUCAGCAUUGGCCUUAAUCUGUCAUAAUAUAAAAGACAAUGAAAACAUAAGAAGGUUCCUUAAGGGUGUAUUCAAACUGAGACCAUCAUUUCCUAGAUAUAAAUUCACAUGGGAUCCAACCCCAGUGUUAUUAACACUAGAUAGGUGGUACCCACUGGAAUCAUUAACCUUAGAGAAAAUUACAAAGAAGCUAAUAACUUUAAUGGCUCUGACAACUGCUCAGCGCAUGCAAACAUUUUCAAAAAUAAAAAUCAGCAAUAUCCUUCAGAAGAAGGAUAGUAUUGAUAUCCCUAUAACCGACAUAAUUAAGACAUCUAGGCCCAACUUUCCACAACCCUUGUUAAGUUUUAAGUUAUUCUCUGAGCAACCAGGGUUAUGUGUAGCUAUUACUUUAAGACAUUACCUAAAAAUAACAAGAGAUAUACGAAAGGAAAAUGAUAGCCUUGAUAGCCUAUUCAUAAGUCACAAGAGACCUUACAAGGCUGCUUCAGUACAAACAAUCAGCAGAUGGGUGAAAGAUACUCUUGAGGAAUGUGGUAUUAACACCCAAAUAUUUAAAUCUCAUAGCACAAGACAUGCUUCUUCUUCGGCAGCCCUUAGAACAGGAUUAAGUAUAGACAUAAUUAGAACAACUGCUGGAUGGUCAGAUAGAUCUACAAGUUUCAAUAGGUUUUAUAAUAGACCAGUUCAACAAGCUAAUGGCUUCCAGGAAAGUAUUUUGAGUCUGAGAACAAAAAAUUAAUAAUGCCAGCAGCAGGCAGGAAACAUGAAUUUUUUGUCAAGGAGUUCAACCUGUAAUGUACAUGAAAAUUAUUUGUUAAUAAAUUUAUAUAUUUUUUGUAAAAUAAAUAGUUUUGAACUAAAGCGUCUCCUGAGCAUUAGAUCGCUGAUCUUUGAACAACUACACUCGUGACCUACUCGAAGGAACCAUGAAGUAUAAUU